AUAAUUUUCUGAUAGCAGACAAGCUACCCGAUAUGGCUUCAACGCAAACAUAUGAAGAUUUCAAGCCGCUUGUGGAAGAGAAGGACAGUCCAGAUGCUCUUCUUCUUCUUGUUCAUAUUCCUGGUUUUACUAAAGAACAAAUUGGUGCAAGCUUUGAGCCAGACACGAGGAAAAUUAGGGUUUUCGGUGAAAAACCACUUCCUGAUAAUAAGCGGAAACGAUUCACAGAAGAGCGUGUAAUUCCAGAGACAUGUGAUUUUGAUAAGCUCAAGGGAAAGUUUGAUGGAACAAUUGUCACCAUUACCAUCCCAAAGAAGCCAAUUUCAAGUGUUACUCCCAAAGAACCAAAACCAGCCCAAGAAGCAACUAAACAGGUCACUCCUCCAACAGCUGCUUCUGCUGUUGAAUCAGAAGGAUCCACUAAAGAGGGUGAGAAAGGUGUCUCUCAAGAACAACCCAAAUCUGACAUCAAGAGUCAGAGAGAAUCUGAUAAGAAAAAAGAUGAAACACCAACCCCACCAGAAAAAACUGGAGAAUCUCAAAUGCCUCAAAAGGAUAAAGAACAACUUCCCCAGAAAGGUAUCAAAGAGGAAGAAAAGCAUAGAGAUGAGAUGGAGACUAAAGAUGCUUCCACCCCAAGAAAACCAAAAGGAGAAUCUAGAACGGCUCAAAAGGAUCAAGAGGGAACUCCUCAAAAAGGUAAAUUAGACGACGAGAAGCAUGAGAAAAACAAGAGCGCUGAGAAGGAAAGGAUUCAAGAAGAUAACAGCAAGACUUCAGAGGCAGGAAAAGCACCUCAGAAGGUUCAGACUUUAGCUGGAGAAGCAAGAAAGGAAAAGGGGAGUUCUAGCUUGAAAGCCCCUGAGAAAACGCAGAAAGAAACGGAUGCUAAACUGGCCGCAACAAGACUCGCAGACAAGUUCAGGGAAGAAGAUAAACAGAAGCUGUUAUACGCAGGUGCAGCAAUCCUGAUGGUGGCAGUAGGCAUUUAUGCAUCCUUCAAGCUUCGUUCCCAAGCAAGACAAUAG